AUGACUCUGAGUAUUUAUUUUUUAAUGUUUAUCAUUGAAUCUGCCACUCAGAAGCUGUGUCCCCUUCGUUCCUCCAUUGAUGUGCUGGAAGGGGAAUAUUUUUUCCUUUGUUAUCUUCAGUCAAUGCAAGAACAUCUUCAGGAAGAAGCAUACACAAUAAACUGGUAUAAAGAAAAUGCUGGAAAGCAGCAACUGAUAAAGGAGACAGACAGGAUUUUUUCCCAAAUGAAUUUUCUGGAGUUUUGGCCAGCUGAACUCAGUGACUCUGGGAGCUACUCUGUCACUCACAGCAAUGGAAUACAAAAUGUCACAAUUCAAAAGUGGACCUUGAAUGUACUUGAAAGAAAUACAAGCAGCUGUUUCAAUGAAAAUCAUUUAACUACAGAAAUAAAAAAUGCUGGAACAGGUCAUUCACUGAAAUGCAGUGCUUUGUCUGUCAAUGAAAAUGACAGCAUAACAUGGUACAAGGAUUGUAAGAGUUAUGAAAAUGAAACAGAGCGGGAACUAGAUUUUAAAACCUUAACAGUACAGCACUCUGGGAUAUAUACCUGUAAAAUUCUAAUCAGUCAUGAAGGAAAGACAUACCACAGCACAAAUACAAUUAAACUGGUAGUAGAAGAAGAUGCACCAGAGGCUGUAACUUUGGAGAUAGUUGGGCGUGAUGAAGAAAUUGAAACAGAAAUAGGUAAAGACAAGAUACUCAAUUGCACAGGUUUCUUGGGUUAUUAUAUGAGAGAAGAUGCUAGCCUCUACUGGAUAAUUAAUCAAACGUUUCCAGAAAAAUGUACAGGUAUCCCUGAGAAUGAACCUUCAAUAUGUGAAGAAGAGUUAAAAAAAAUACAGUUGGAAAACAAGUUCUAUGUCACAAGGCUACUAAGGAUUAAAAAAGUAACAGAUAAUGACAUACAUCAGAAUUUCACCUGCAUGUUGCAAGCUGAUGAAAGAACACAAAUAAAAAUAGUGAAGCUGAAGAAAGGGAACACCCAAGAUUUGCCUGUGCACAUAUUUACUACUGGAAUGGUCCUGGCUGUACUAUUUCCAUGUGUUGCUGUGGCUGCAGUGUUUGUCUGUGUGAUGUUUAGAGUUGACUUAGUUCUAUUUUACAGGAACAUAUGCAGAAAAGAUGAUACUGCUGAAGAUGGAAAAGAAUAUGAUGCAUUUGUGUCUUACCUGAAAGACUGCAUUUCUCCUAGUGAAGAAGAGAGAGAAUUUGCCUUGAAUAUAUUGCCCUCAAUAUUAGAAGAAAACUUCGGGUACAAGUUAUGUAUAUUUGAGAGGGAUGUGUCCCCUGGUGGCGCGGUUGUUGAUGAUAUCCAUUCAUUCAUUGACAAAAGCCGAAGAUUAAUCAUUAUACUGAGCCAGAACUACAUUUCUGACAGAUCCAUAUAUGAACUUGAGAGUGGACUGCAUAAAGUCCUUGUUGAAAAAAAAACUAAGAUCAUAUUAAUUGAAUAUAUGCCUAUUAGUGACUACAAUUUCUUGCCAGAAUCACUAUCUCUUUUGACACCAAAGAGGGUUGUAAAGUGGAAAAAGGAUAAAUCUCUCCCUGUGAAUUCCAGAUUUUGGAAGAACCUUCGGUACCUGAUGCCAGCAAAGCCUAACAAGAUAAACACCAAAGGGCACUAUCAUAAUCUUGAGCCCUCAGAAGGGGCUCAAUCAUGGACUGAGGGCCAUGACUUCAAUGCUGUGAUAUAA